AUUAGGAAAAUAGGGUUUGGAGCGAGGUGCAGGAAAGGAUGGAGGAAGACGCAGCGAUUAAGCUAAGCAAGCAUGUUUCCUUUGAGUCAGAGGAUUCAAAUGGGCGUUGCCCAAUCUGCUUGGGAUCGUUGCUUCAAAUUUCUUACCUCGACAAAUGUCUUCAUAAGUUUUGCUUCAAUUGCAUUUUACGUUGGACCAAGGUGGUUGCUGCUAAGCACCGUUCUGCACCUUCUUCUGUAAAAUGCCCCCUCUGUAAGACGGAAAAUUUUUCUAUCAUAUUUGGAGUUGAAGGAAGUUGUAUUCAACGACACUAUGUAAAUAAGGAUUUGGAGGAUAGUUUUAUCUUGUCAAAAGCGCACAGAUAUAGGUUACAAUGCUAUUACACUGAGCAAGGUUUCCUAGAUGACAUAUUCAAUAUAUCACAAUAUUGGAAAUUUCGUAAGUUUUGUCAACCAAAUUGCUGGCUUCAAACUUGGUUAACAAGGGAAAUUCAAGCUCUUAUUCAGGAGGAAGAUGUUGACAUCAUUGUGCACCAUAUCCUUGGUGUAGUCAAAGCAUUAUGGACAAGAAGAGGACAGAAGGCACACGCAGAUGCGCCUGAAAAGAAACAGGAGGAGUUCAAGAUGUCAGUCUCCGAAGCAGCAAGGCGUUUUCUGGGAGCAAGAACAGACAGAUUUGUGUAUGAGAUUCAACUAUUUCUUGCUUCAGGAUUGAACAUUGAAGCUUAUGAUGGUGUAUACAUACAACGAUUAGGUUGGAGCUCACCUGGGGUCAACACAGAGGUUUCUCAAAGUGACUUGAUUGAUCGCACGACUGUGAUUCCAUACUUGUACAUAUUUGAUAACGACUCUGAUGGAAAUGAGUAGAUUCCUUUUUCUUUUUCUUUUUCUUUUUCUUUUUUUUCUCCUUUAUUUGCUGUAAUUCUUGGAUAAUGGGAUUGAAGUUUUUCAAACGUCGAAGAGUUUUAUUGAGGUUUGGAUCUUUGCCGGUUACUGCAGAGAGCUGCGAUUCUCCAUUCAACUCCAAUGGGCCUGAAGUUGUUUAACAUGUACUUUUUAUUAAUAUCUUAUUGUAUUCAUAUAAUAACAUUUUUCAUGG